AUGGUGGCUACCAGCCCACGGCACCGGCCUGAGGAAGGCUUCCCUUGCACGCUGCAAUGCGUUGCUGGCCAACGACGCCCUGCGCACCAUGCACCGGGUCACCUACUCCGAAAACGGCAGCUGACCAUCGACCCUGGCACUUUCGACCGCCUGGCCCGGCAGUUGGUGGAGUCGUCGCUCCUUCUCCAAUGCCCCUGCGAGGAGAAGUUGGAGGCGGAGCUUCUCUCCGUCGAAAGACCCGAAGUUCCCGAAGAGGCGGAGCGACUCAUGGCCCGUUUGGUCACGCAGCUGCUGCCACGAUGGUUAGAGGACUGGAGGGAGCCUUGGGCCUCCAGGGCAGAGGAAUUCCGCUUGAAGUUGGCCCUGGAGUGUUGGGAGGAAAAUGUGCCGGAGAUGGAUGUGGAAGGCACAGGGCUCUACACGGCCAUCGCGCUGGAACUCGGAGACCUUCCGCGAGCCAACAGCGCCAUGGAGCCGCUGAAGCAUCGGGAUCUACGCCUGGCCUUUCAGCCUGCCUUCCUGGACGACUUGACUUCACAUGGGCUUUGGUCCCUUCCUGCAGGCAGUGACACUGGUGCGACUUCGCUCCCUGCAUUGGUGCAGCGGGCAGCCAUGGUGGCCAAAGGGGACCAAAGCGUUAACCGCACCAUGGCUGUGUUAAGCGGGCCAGGCCCAUCAACCGUCGUCGGCAUGGUGCUUUGCUCCUUGAGCCCUGUGGGCGUGUCAUCACUGAAGGUUACAACCACCUUGCUGAACCCUUGCAGCCACGGAGGAGCCGAGGGGAAUGCAUCACUUGAGGACAGACAAGCUGCAUCCUCUGCUGAAACCAAAGUGGCGGGAGACGCAGCGACAUGCUGA